GCUUUUAUUUUGUCACGGCGGCCGGAAGUGUGUGUUUGCGCGUGUGUGCGUGCGGUUUGACGGCGGUGAACAGUGCAGGGGAGUGGAGAGACGCUGGGAGAGGACUGAAACACUCACACACACUCACACACACACUCACCCAUACACACACACACUCAACACACACUCGGAGGAAGAAGACGCACCAAAAGACGCACGAAGAUAAUUUUUAAUUUGACGCGCCUUGCUGUCCCGGGGGACCCCUGCUUCUUGUGCGGGCUUUUUUUGCACAAAUUCACACCCCGGGCUGUGUGUUGAUAAACAGAGAAGAAGAGGGAGAAAGAGCAGAGGAAGAAGCGGACCAGGGCGGACCAAAAGGGGGCCAAAAACUCACCAGGUAUGGCGGCGGUGUUGCCGAGGACCCUGGGUGAGCUGCAGCUCUACCGGAUCCUGCAGCGAGCGAACCUGCUCUACUACUACGAGGCCUUCAUCCAGCAGGGCGGCGACGACGUGCAGCAGCUGUGCGAGGCCGGCGAGGAGGAGUUCCUGGAGAUCAUGGCGCUCGUCGGCAUGGCCAGCAAGCCGCUGCACGUACGCCGCCUGCAGAAGGCGCUGCGGGACUGGGUCACCAACCCGGCCAUCUUCAACCAGCCGCUCACGUCGCUGCCCGUCUGCAGCAUCCCCGUCUACAAGCUGCCCGAGGGCUCCCCCACGCUGCUCAGCGCGCAGGACCGAGCCAACACCGCCAGCGUCAAGAUGCCCAAAGCUGUCGCCGCCGCCUGCUCCGACCCGGGGAAGCUGGACGUGGCGCGGGACAAAGUGUCAGCUGGGUCGCCCCUACAGGGCAGCAGCGAGGCUCGCUUUUGGUCGGGCCACAGCAACGACAGCGAGCACAGCCUAUCGCCGUCGGACCUCGGCUCCCCGUCCUCACCAAGAGACGCGUUAGAGGCUCUGGACGCCGCCGCCGUCCAGUCAGUCCUGGAGUGCGUGGACAGGAUGGCGCCAGGACUUCCUAAGACGGACUUAGCGGAGGUCAAAGAGCAGCUGAAGAACAACAAGAAACUGGCAAAGAUGAUCGGACACAUCUUUGAGAUGAGCGACGACGAGCCGCGACGGGAAGAGGAGAUCCGAAAAUACAGCGCCAUCUACGGACGCUUUGACUCUAAGAGGAGGGACGGAAAGCACCUGACGCUGCACGAGCUGACGGUGAACGAGGCGGCGGCUCAGCUCUGCAUGAGGGACAUGGCGCUGCUGACACGGCGAGACGAGCUGUUCGGACUCGCACGCCAGAUUUCCAGAGAGGUCACCUACAAAUACACCUACCGCACCAGCAAGUCUCGCUGUGGAGACAGAGACGAGCCGUCCCCUAAAAGGAUUAAAACAGAGGAGAACUUUUUCGACAUCCAGGAGGCGCUGCAGGCGAUCCACAUGAGGCAGGAGAUGCUGAGGGAGCAGCUGGCCUGCGCCAAGUCGAAAGAAGAAACCGUUGGACGAAACCUGCAGAUGCAGCUGGAGCGUCUGCUGGCGAGGCAGAUGGAGAUCCUGCAGGACGCCGCCGUUCAGGAGCGACUCCAAGCUCUGGACUGGAGGAUCCCCCCCGCCGCCUUAAAGUACCUCAACGACGCGCAGAACACCAACGGAGCCGCCGCCGACGCCAGCAGAGACAGCCAGGAUGAACGACCAAUCAACCUGCGUGUGGUUAGUCAGAGCAUGCAGGAAGGCGACCUCCCAUUGGGCAAGCAGCUAGCCAAUGAACUGAAGCGCCAUCACAACCACAACAGCAGCAACAGCAACACAGACGAGACCAAAACACCAGCAACAGAAAACGGGACGUCGCAGCGAGCGUCCAGCAACGCAGAGAAGAAGACCAUCAAGUCAGAGCCGGAAGACUCCACAUAGUGCCUCCCGCCUCGCGCUCCCACAACCCCCCACUUCACUCUACUCACACUUGACAGUAUGCAGUUAUUACCCGUCAAUAGAUACUAAGCAAGCACAGCCACAGUAGAGCCUUAACAACCAAUGUUGCCUCAUGAAUAGCAUUUAUUUUUCUUUUUG